CCAACCCAACGCAUCUGGGGAAUCUUGAAGAAAACCCUGCGUUUUGUGAUGUCAUCCGUCUGUAUCUGGCGAUUCAAUAUAUAGUAGCUGUUGAUCCCUUUGCGUUUUCGUUGUCAGAAGCAGAACUCACCACACCCAAAUUCAAAAACUCUUCCUCACGCAAUCAAUCUAAUUCAAAGAAGCUUCGUGGUAACGCCUUUCUGUAUCUGCUGCCUGCAGAAGUGCUUUUUGUUUGUUUUUCCCCUCUCAUAACAACCCAUCUUUUGAAACCCCUAAUUUUGUCUCUAUCUAGGUGGGAAUUCAUAUGGAUUUUGGCUUAAUUCCCCUUCUUGUUUAGUCCGAUUCUGAUUCUAUUCUAAUUUGGGGGCUUUUUGUUUCAUCGUCCGUGGUGCUUUCUUGGUGAUUUAGAAAGUUUUUCUCAUCUGGGUCACAGCUCAAUCGCGGUUUUAGGCUAUGAGGAAGAGGGAAAGAGAGAACCCUUGUGGGGUUUGUGGCCAUUACCACAAAUAUGAAGAAGGGGAAGUUUGUGGGAUUUGUGGUCAUCGGGUUCCAGCUACAUCGGAGAAAACUUCGUUGCAAGUUAGUGCGUUUCCUUCUGAGAUCUUGCCGGAGUUUCUUUAUUUGGGAAGUUAUGAUAACGCUUCACGCUCUGAACUUUUGAAGACUCAAGGAAUCUCCCGCGUUCUUAACACUGUGCCUGCUUGUCAAAAUCUCUACAAGAACUCCUUCACUUAUCACUGCCUCCAAUAUGAUAAGACUUUACCUUUCGAUGAUGCUGUUGAAUUUCUAGAGUUAUGUGAAAGAGACAAAGCUCGGGUUCUGGUGCACUGCAUGUCAGGAAAAAAUAGGUCUCCAGCUAUUGUUAUAGCAUUCUUGAUGAAAUGUAAAGGUUGGAGACUUGCUCAGAGUUAUCAGUGGGUGAAAGAGCGGAGACCAUCCGUAGACUUAACUGAAUCUAUCUAUCAGCAGCUGCAAGAGUAUGAGCAGAAGGUUUUUGGAUUAUCUGAAAACGCCCUCCCAACCCUGCCAAUCUUCCCUCCUGUUGGUCCGCCUUCUUUUAGCUUUGGCUUCCCAAAGACUGGCGACCCAGUUCCUACAACUCCAUUCAACAGCAUUGGUGCAACAUCGAUCUUUUCCCGCCUGCCCAUAGACGUACCUUCCCACGAGUUUACAUUCGGUGCUGGCCAAACUCAAAACAGUUUCUCCGCUAGUCCUUUUGGUGCUAAUCCACGGAACUCAACCAGCAACAACAUCCAAAUGGACAAUGCUUAAAAACUCUCAAGUCAGCCAUCUUAAUAGUUUCUUCAAGAUCCAUCCAUAGUUUUUUUUUUCUUUCAACUGCAAACAAGUUUGUCAGUUGUGAUGAGUCUUGCUGAAUUUGAGGGGUGAAGAAAGUGGCAAACUUUGGGUUUGUAUGAUUAAUGGGUGUGGUUUUACAUUACUCUUUGGGUUUGUACCUCAAAUGCAGUGAGAUAUUGUUGACUCAUCACUAAUCUUAUACAAUGUCAUAAAUAUCAGCAGCCCUCUCUACUCUUUCUCUCUC